AUGAUCGUUUCUCUAUCCGACCACGUGAAAAAGAAACACCAGAAUCCUGAAUACCUGUCAUUUCACGACGAUGCCGACACGAUGGUGCCAAAGGGAAACUGUUCGCUGGUGGUCAAUCCGGCAUUUCAUCAUCGAUUAACGAAAAGAGAGCUCCACCAUGUGUUCGGCGUCAAUGAAUACCAUGAAGUACCUGAAUACCACCUGAUCAAAACAACAAAGGACCGCUCCGACGAUAAGCUCCUCCUCCAAUUUCAAGCCUGGAACGAGACCUACGAGGCCGAACUUUAUCCGAAUAGGAAAUUGAUUUCACCUCAUGUAGUAUCAAUUACACGCCAUGGUGAGAAUUCUACGAAGGAAAACGGGUUAAACCUUGAUUAUUCGUGCCAUUAUAUGGGGAAGGUUGUAUCCCAUGGCAAUGCUCCAGUUGCCAUGUCAGAUUGCCGAACCAUGAUGGGGACAUUAGUCCUUGAUAAACAUUUUCUGGUACUUCAGACAAUUCCACAGCGGAUGCACGCCGAGCAGGAGGAAAAACAUCUCGUUUUUAAAAGGGAAGCUUCUUUGUUGACAUCGCUGGAGAGGACUAUUGAAGAGGAAUUGGUGAAAGUGAAUGAAGUAGCCGCAGAUUUUUGUGAUACUAGUGAGUCGAACGACGAAGAGCUGACAGCUGAUCUAUUCUCGCUAAACUACACUGUUCCUCCCGCCGGCCAGCUUGAUUCCCCUUUUAUCUUCCCGCAACUCGAUCCGAUCACUUUGGAAAUUGGUCUAUUUCUGGAUUCGAAGCUCUAUGAACAUUUUAAGAGGGAAUACAUUCAAGAUGCCGAACAGCAUUUGCUCGAUUUUUCGUUGGCGCUGAUCAACAACGUUUAUGUGCUUUAUCAGCAGCCAACGUUGAGUCCGAACCUGGAUAUUGUUAUUGUACGAUAUGAAUUAUGGAAAACACAGCCGAGGAAUUUGCAUACCUCGCUUCAUAAAAACGGACAAGCUCAAUCACUGUUGGAUGCUUUUUGUCGACACCAGUCUGCCGUCAAUCCUGGAUCGGAUUUAACGGACAAUGGGCAUUGGGAUCACGGAGUGCUACUUACUGGCUAUGAUAUCUAUCAUACCACAGCUUCAGUGGCCGGUGUCGCACCGGUAGCUAGAAUGUGCGAUCCGCUAUUUGCUUGUAGCUUGGUAGAAGGACUGCAUCUUGGAAGAAGCUUCGUAUUGGCGCAUGAAAUGGGCCAUAAUAUGGGAAUGGUGCACGAUGGUGUCCAGAACCAAUGUUCGAGGUCGUGCUGCUUGAUGUCGGCGGUCAAUGGAGCCGGCAAAACGCAAUGGAGUGAAUGUUCUGUCCGCGAAUUUAAUGCCUUCCUGCUGCAGCUCGAUGAAUCUGGCCGAGGAAAUUGUCUACGCGACUCAAACAAUGGUAUUCAAAGCCAUAAUCACCUUGCUGACGGUCGGUUGCCUGGCCAGCGUUUCACUGCGGACCAGCAAUGCGGAUAUUUCUGGGGUCGUGACUACAUCGUGGAAAUUCCGAACGGAAGAUCAAUGGAUGAUAUUUGUCGAAUAUUAUGGUGCGGAAAUAGUGGAUCGACAAUUUCUACAGCCCAUCCAGCCUUAGAGGGUAGUUGGUGCGGCGCUAACAAAUGGUGCAUCGAGGGUAGAUGUCGAGCUUGGCCAUAUGGAGCCCCACCAGCACCUGUCCAUGGUGGUUGGAGUGAAUGUUGCCCAGUGCAGCAAUGCCAUAUUUCUGGAAGUAUCGCGAUUAAGGGCCAGCAUCGUGAUUGUGUUAACCCAGCACCAAAUAAUGGAGGACGCACUUGCAUUGGAUCACCGAUCCGAGGUCUAAUUUGCGGGAAAUCACAUUCAGACUGUCGUGGACUAGAUCGACAAGACUUUGGAGAUAGGGUAUGCUCGUCGAUUAAAAAUGAUCCGACCAAGCCAGACCGACAACUCACCGGAGAUAGCUUUUUACACGAUUCGCAACCCUGCAAAGUUUGGUGCCAUCUCCUUGACUCCGAGUUGAUCCGGAAUAAGGGAACUUUCCCGGAUGGAUCACCAUGCGGGCCGGAUAUGUAUUGUAUCAGUGGUGCCUGUUUGGCACUUGGCUGUGGCAAUAAAGCUGUAGUGGAAAAUCAGCAGGAUUGUCCUGAUGGGGAGAAGAAUUCUCACUGGGGAAAAUGGUCAUCCUGGAGCGAGUGCAGCAAAUCGUGUGGCCAAAACGGACGUCAAACUCGCUUAAGAGUAGGAUCGUGGAGUCCGUGGUCUCCGUGUAACAAAAAGUGUGGUGACGGGGAACAGGUGCGAUCUCGGGAUUGUUUGGCAACGGAAUGUACAAAGCCGUUACAAGAAACCAGGAAGUGUUCAAACGGAGCAUGUUAUAGCGACUGGUCUGAAUGGUCGAUAUGCUCGGUUUCGUGUGGUAGCGGUGAAAGGCGAAGAAAGCGAGUGUGUGCACUUCCGGAAAGUGAAUUUUGCACAGAAUCUCUGGUGGAACUUGAGAAAUGUAACGAAGAAAAAUGCGUGGAAGAAUCGUGGGGUGACUGGCUACCCUGCAGUGUAUCCUGCGGAGUUGGUUUCCAAAUUCGUGAACGACUCUGUAACGGUGUUCUGUGCUCCGGUGGAAAUAAACAAGCCCGGACUUGUAAUGAACAGCUUUGUCCCGCCUCUGACAACCUCCCCUUCUCAUUAUCUGAAUGGUCAAGCUGGUCGACCUGUAGUGAAACUUGUGGAAUCGGGGUUCAGCUGCGGAUGCGAAAUUGCGAGCAAGGUUCAUGCCCAGUGAGUGCUCGCUUGUCGGAGCGGAAACGAUGUGUGAUGGGUCCGUGCCCGCUCUGGUCUGAAUGGGGCCCAUGGUCGAUUUGUCCAUCUUGCGACAGUCGCCUGGAACAAACUAGAACUCGUACUUGCUCAAAUCCUAUAGGGACGGAGGUGCAAUGCAAAGGUGAAUCCCUGGAAGCUCGUGGAUGCGAUAGAUCAUGCAAAGUUGGGGCAGAGAUUAUCACACUAGAAGGAAAACACAAAAUCGAGAAAUCAGGAGGCGAAGAUUGGGGCGAGUGGCAAGCGUGGUCUGAGUGCUCGGCCUCGUGUGGUGGCGGUGCAAAGAGAAGGACUAGGUUAUGCUUCUCCUCAAACUGCAAAGCUCCAAUCGAAUACCAACGAGAAAAUUGUAAUGAACAAGCUUGCGAUGCCAUACAAGAUCUCUUAUGGUCCCAUUGGUCUGAAUGGUCUGAAUGUACGCCAGAAUGCGGGCAUGGAAAGCGGACACGUUCACGACAUUGUCGUUCGAUAUUUUCUUUUGGCUGUUCUGGAGCUUCGGAGCAAGCAGAGCCAUGUUAUUCCACUUGCAAACGCACGGCCCGACAGAUAGAGGCACCGGAAUGGUCAGACUGGUCCGCCUGGUCGUCGUGUUCCUGCUUCACUUUAACCGAAACACGACGUCGCUACUGCCGCAUCGCAGAUCCGUCAAUGCAGGGCUUCUGCUCGGGCCCUAUCUUGGAGCAGAGGAAGUGUAGCCCAUCGACGUGUACGGCAAUCAAUGGCGGCUGGUCGGAUUGGUCGUCUUGGUCGGAAUGUUCAAGGGAUUGUGAUGGGACGGGGCAUCAAAUUAGGAAUCGAAUGUGCAGCAAGCCGUUGCCAGUCAAUCGUGGGUCCUAUUGUACCGGUUAUUCCUUCGACCAGAAGAGCUGUACGGCAGAACGUAAAUGUGGAGAGAAGGUGGAUGGUGGUUGGUCCGAAUGGACAGUUUGGUCUGAAUGCUCUGACAACUGCAACAAUGGACACAAAAGUCGAACUCGAUAUUGCUCGAAUCCCCGACCCACCAACGGCGGCUCCCAAUGUUUCGGCUCCGAUUUCGAGCUCGAACCAUGUGGCGACCGCUCAAAAUGUCCACAAAACUCCGAAGAUCCUUGGUGGUCGCCGUGGUCGGAUUGGUCUACAUGUCCGGCUCGCGGUUGCGGGUUUAGCGUCCAGGAGCGGGCGCGUAUAUGUCGUGGUGGAUCUGCAGACCCUUCAAAUACCUGCAAAGGACUUGCACAUAUGACAUCUCCCUGUCCUACGCAGCCCUGUCCACAGAGCGUUGAUGGAGGCUGGAGCGAAUGGUCUGAUUGGUCCAGAUGUACAUCAAAUUGUGGAAUUGGUCUUAAAACUAGGUCCCGAGAAUGCAUCCCACCCGUAAAUGGUGGUGCCCCCUGCUUUGGCCGCUCUUCCGAAGUGGCCAAAUGCACAAACGAGCUAGAUGUAUGCACAGCUACUGUAGCCCAUCUCAAUAUGCUUGACAAAUUCUACAAAGUUGUUGUCAUC